AUGGCAAACACUAGCACUACGGUGCCGGUUCAAGUGGAAAUUGCUAAAGACGAGGCAGAUCCACCAGGAUGGACUUCUCUAUUUGCAGCUACACUAGAACAGGAGGAAAUUGAUAGGGAAAUGCGAAAAUGGCGGAGUGCCCUAAUUGUGUAUGUAAUUGGGGAUACGCCUGGGUAUAAUUACAUGUCAAAAUUUGUCACUCAAACUUGGAAUAAAGUUGUUGAACCGGAAGUUUUCCUUCAUAAAGAAGGAUAUUAUGUGAUUAAAUUUCAAUCAGUUGAGGAUAUGAAUGAAAUAUUGUUCUCUGGACCUUAUACAAUCAAUAACAAGCCUAUGAUACUUAAGCAAUGGACUGUGAACUUUGAUCUUAGCAAGAAAUUUCCAACUAAAAUUCCUCUAUGGGUGACUUUGCCUCAUUUGCCUAUGAGUUGUUGGAGUUGUCAAUCUUUAAGCAAGAUUCCUAGCUUAAUUGGCAAGCCAUUAUAUGCUGAUGAAUGUACAUCGAAGCAGAGGAGGAUUUCCUGUGCUCAAAUAUUAGUGGAGAUUAACAUCACUAGGCCUUUACCAGAUAAGGUCUUGGUGAGUGAACCAAAUGGCACAACGUUUGAACAAGCUAUUUCAUACGACUGGAAGCCUGAAUAUUGCCCUAAAUGCUUGAAGAUUGGAAAUGAAUGGAGAUCAGAAGAUGGUGAUGGUAAUGCUGCUGCUAUAGAGGGACAAUUAGUUGUUACUGAAUAA